AGGAGGGGCCAGGCAAAGCGAAAGGGAAAUCCGACGCGCUCUCAUGAUCCGAUGGCCGUGCGCGCUCUUAAUCCUGCUUCCCUUUCUUGGGGAUGGCUCCCGCUCCGAAUUUGCACCGGCAAAUCUCUCCCUCCCCUUUCGCAAUCCCAAGGGCAGCGAGUGGAAGAAAGAAAGCGCCUUGCGGGAAAGUAUUAAGAGGAUUAAGCAUUGGAAUUCAUUAUCCUUCGGUGACAAUAUUACUGCUUUGUACGGAAUAAAUCAGUUUUCUCACUUGUCUGCUGAAGAAUUUAAAGCUAUUUACCUACAAAGUAGGUCUUCUAAAGUUCCCAGAUAUGUACCUCAAGUUGCAUUACAAGGAACAGACUCACCCUUGCCACCAAAGUUUGAUUGGCGGGACAAGAAUGUUGUUACAGAAGUGAAAAACCAAAGACAGUGUGGUGCCUGCUGGGCUUUCAGUGUUGUUAGUGGAAUAGAAUCUGCUUAUGCAAUUAAAAGAAACACUCUGGAAGAACUCAGUGUACAGCAAGUCAUCGAUUGUUCAUAUAAUAAUUAUGGUUGCAAUGGGGGUUCAACUAUUAGUGCGCUGAGUUGGUUAAAUGAGACACACGUGAAACUGGUGAGAGAUUCGAAGUAUCCGUUUAAAGCUCAUGCAGGAUUGUGCCAUUACUUCAGACGUUCUGAUUUUGGAAUCUCAGUAACAGAUUAUGUUGCAUAUGAUCUAAGCAAACAUGAAGAUGAAAUGAUGAAGAUGCUGAUUAAAUGGGGUCCUUUGUCAGUAGUUGUAGAUGCUCUUAGCUGGCAAGAUUAUCUUGGUGGUAUCAUACAACAUCAUUGUUCUAGUGGGAAACAAAAUCACGCUGUGGUUGUAACUGGUUUUGAUAGAACAGGUGUCAUUCCCUAUUGGAUUGUACGGAACUCCUGGGGACGUACAUGGGGAAUAAACGGCUAUGCUCAUGUUAAAAUGGGUUCUAAUAUUUGUGGUAUUGCUGAUUCAGUUUCUGCUGUAUCUGUAUGAAUUAGCUUCUGAGGAUUUGUGGCAAAUAUUGCAGCCACUAGUUUAUAAUAUAGAAUUAAAAAAGGACUGUUGAGGUUCAGAUAACACCAAUCCUUGGAUCUGAGAACAAUCUUCCAGCCAGCUUCUCAAAAGUAGUUGUUGAUUUCACAGUUUAUCCCUUUUUUAUCUUUUAUAUUAUACUGGAAAACCAUUUGGGAUUAGAAGCAUAUUUCUGUGUAGUUUUUGCUUCUCCAUUUAUGAAUUUGAUUCAAAUUGAAUAGAAUCCUGCAAUAAUUGGAAUUGCCAAUUUGGAUAAUAGUAGGGGAUGGAAGUCUUUUAUACAUAUAUACCAUAUUUUUCGGAGCAUGACACACCAAGGUUUUGAAGAGGCAAAUUUAAAAAAAAGUUUUUGCACU